GAUGACCACAUAACACAACUUAUCUUCAACAUCUAGUGACUCUGCUUGAAGAUCUCUCUCUUAUCAGCGAUGGUUGCAAGCUGCUGCAGCUCCAUUUGCCCACAUGCUUGGAAGCCGAGCGAAAUGAAAAUCUUCUCAUCGCAUUGCACUGUCUCUUUCGUUUUUCUCUGAUUAUUCACCGCUCACAUUGAAUAUGGCUGGCCUCUCAGCCCUUUCUACUCCCUCAGCUCUUUCAUGCACGAGCAGCACGUUAUCCACGCCUCCAACAACCUCGGAAGAAGAAUCCCCUAAAAGGCUACAGAGAGUGACGCACGGGUCGAAUCGAAGAAGCAAGUAUCGCCAUGUCGCUGCCUAUCACUCAGAAAUACGACCAUCAUGCCUAAGCCGCGAGUCAAAUGCCUCACCAAGCUUCUUUGGUUUCCGGAAUCUGAUGGUGAUCGUGCUGAUUGUUAUGAAUCUACGGUUGGUUAUUGAAAAUUUCAUGAAGUACGGAGUUUUGAUCUGUCUGCGCUGUCACGAUUAUCGAAGACAAGAUCUCAUACUUGGAGUCCUUCUCUUCUCGCUGGUCCCGUGUCAUCUCUUCAUUGCGUAUUUGAUAGAGCUGGCCGCUGCGCAGCGAGUGAAAGAAGUAAUUGGUCUCAGGAAAAAGCUUGACGGCCCCGAGGCACGGCAGCAACCAGCCGCUCAACUUGCAUGGUCAUAUAUCGCUAUCGCGCACACGGUGAAUGCCACUCUGUGUCUCUCGCUGACAUCUUAUGCUGUCUAUUUUUACAUCAACCACCCUGGCAUUGGAACUUUGUGCGAGGUCCAUGCCAUCGUCGUCAUGUUGAAGAAUUGCUCGUAUGCCUUCACAAAUCGCGACCUUCGCCACGCUCUUCUGCAUCCAUCCCCGGAGAACAAUCUCCCAAAAAUAUAUAAUAGCUGCCCGUACCCACAAAACAUUACGAUCAAAAACUUGACGUAUUUCUGGCUGGCGCCCACCCUUGUCUACCAGCCGGUAUAUCCCACAACAAGUUAUAUUCGAUGGAACUUCGUUGCAAAACGGGUUGCCGAGUUUUGUGGACUCUCCGUGUUUAUGUGGAUCAUAUCUGCACAGUACGCCUCGCCGACGCUAUUGAAUGCGCUCGAAAAGAUCGCGUUACGAGAAUGGGCGUCCAUUGCAGAACGAGUUAUGAAGCUGUCAACAAUUUCCCUUGUGAUCUGGCUUGCUGGAUUCUAUGCGCUCUUCCAAUCAUUCCUCAAUGCGCUGGCGGAAGUUAUGAGAUUUGGUGAUCGCGAGUUCUAUACGGAUUGGUGGAACAGUCCUAGCGUUGGUAGGUACUGGCGAACAUGGAAUAUUCCUGUCUAUCAAUUUAUGAAGCGACACAUUUUUUCACCGCUUGUCGGACGAGGCUGGAGUCCCUUUACGGCCAGCGUAAUGGUGUUCACCGUUUCGGCAGUACUCCACGAAUUGGCAGUGGGAAUUCCCACGCAUAACAUAAUUGGUGUCGCAUUCGGGGGGAUGAUGUUUCAACUUCCCCUUAUAGCGGUGACUCUGCCGCUGGAAAAGAUGAACAGUCAAACGGGGAAGAUUUUAGGCAACGCUCUCUUUUGGUUGAGUUUCUGUCUUGUCGGUCAGCCGCUGGCAGCGCUGCUGUAUUUCUUUGCCUGGCAAGCCAAGUAUGGCAGUAUUAGCAGAGCGGCUAAAUAAUUGGUGCAUUGCUUUUUACGGU